GAGCACAGCAGGCCAGGGAAAUGUCUGCCAAAACUUAAGAUCAGCUUAUUCCCACCUCUCUUUGUAAAGCCCACUUCCUACCUCUGUUCCCUGCUAACCCCAAUUCUGACCCUCUCUCAUGACCAGCUGCAGAAAGGAAAGCAAAUCCCUGGGCUCCAAGAUGACAUCCGGAGAACCGAAGACAAGCCUCAAGAAUGCCUACCCAUCUGCCAGGAGGCUGCUGCAGAAGGCAGAGGAGGGGGAGGCGGAAGACUACUGUACCCCCGGAGCCUUCGAGCUGGAGCGUCUCUUCUGGAAGGGCAGUCCUCAGUACACCCACGUCAAUGAGGUCUGGCCCAAGCUGUACAUCGGUGAUGAGGCUACGGCGCUGGACCGCUAUGGGCUGCAGAAAGCGGGCUUCACGCACGUGCUGAACGCGGCCCACGGCCGCUGGAACGUGGACACAGGGCCCGAUUACUACCGCGACAUGGCCAUCGAGUACCACGGCGUCGAGGCCGACGACCUGCCCACCUUCGACCUCAGCAUCUUCUUCUACCCAGCGGCCGCUUUUAUCGACGCUGCGCUCCGCUACGAUCACAAUAAGAUCCUGGUUCACUGCGCCAUGGGCCGCAGCCGGUCGGCGACCCUGGUCCUGGCCUACCUGAUGAUCCACAGGAACAUGACCCUGGUGGAUGCCAUUCAACAAGUGGCCAAGAACCGCUGUGUCCUACCCAACCGGGGCUUUCUGAAGCAGCUCCGGGAACUGGACAAGCAGCUGGUGCAGCAGAGGCGACAGGCCCGGAGCAGUGACGACGGUGAGAAGGACAGUGAGAAGGAGCUGUAGGGCCCCACAUGGAGCCUGCAGACACUGGGAAUGCAGAGAGAAGGCUGGAAUAGCUCGGGCCUGUGACUUCAUUCAUCACGGAGAAGGGACAGUGAAACUAAAGCUUGGCUUCUUCCAAACAAUCUUAAACUUCCCGGGUGUGUGCUGAUGAACAGGGAGGAUCCAAAGCUGCCUCCUGGACAAGGCCAGUACUUGGCUUCACAGAAAAAUGGGGCAGACAGGCUUCCCAGCCAGAAUUGGUUACAGAUGAGCACACAGUUCUGCACCAAGGCGCCUGUAUUUUUUUUUUUUUUUUUUUGUAAGAUGGAAGCAGAAAAGGAUUUAAAAAUGUGUAAGCAUUGUGUUGUGAUUAAACAUUUGGCUUUGUCUGAAAGUCACAUCGUUAAAAAAUAAUUUUAAAAUAUAAAUUUAUUUUCUAACCACAGAAAAGUGCCUGGGAGAGCUGUGUUCCAGAGUUUGCACAGCUUUUUAGUGAGUCCCCUUUUUGGGGCAUCUGCAUUUCCUUACCGUCUCCUGCAUCCUCUUUUUGAUGGAAUCCCCAGGCUUGGGUCACCCUAUAUGUGCUGCUCUCUGG